UAUGAAAAGGUAUAUUGUGUAUAUGUACCAAUACAAGGUCCGACUCAAGUUCAUCAGAUAGAUCCUCCAAGUAAAAAUUAUUUUAAUUCAUUAGGAAAAAAGCCAAAAGAGAUCAUAGAAAGAAUUCAAGUUCAUCUAGUAGUUCCAGAAGUAUUUUUCUGGGUUUAUAUAUUAGGAGAUAGGAAAAAGAAGUAGAAAAAAGAGAAAAAAGAUAAGAAGGAAAAGAUUGCAUAAAGUAAUUCAAACUUUGUGAAUUUAGAUAUUGUAGCAUCAUAAAAGUUGUAUAUAAUAGUUAUAAUAUAGAACUUAAAGAUCAAAAUCAAAAUCAAAAUCAAAGUCUCAUUCAAAAUCAAAACCAAAGGAUGAUCCAAACAUAAUAAAAAAAGGAAGAGGUCAUAUGAAUAGCUACCUUUUGUAAGUUUAUUGUUGAUUUUAAUAAGUGGUUGGAAAAAUGAAGAUUUUAGUCAAGCUAAUUCUUAUUUGAAAAAGUACUCAUUCAAUCUCUUAUUAAUUUUAGAAUUGAUUAAACAAUUAAAAGAAAAAAUAAACCACCUCAAAUAAAUAAACCUUAAGAUUAAGGAUAAACAAAUAAUAAUGUGAAUGUUAAUUUAGAAAAAAAAAUGGAUGAUUAAUAAGUAUGAUUAUUAGUUCUUAGAUUUAAUAAGGUUGAAAGAAGAAAUUAUAAUCAAGGAAACUAUCGUAGAUUUAAUAAUUCUUCAUAUAGAAGAUAUGAUAGAAGAGAUGAACGUGAUUAUGAAAGAAGUUAAAGAAAUGAUAGGAGUGAAAGAAAUGAUAGAAGUGAAAGAAAUGAUAAGAAUGAAAGAAAUGAUAAAAAUGAUAAGAAUGAUAAAAAUGAAAGAAAUGAUAAGAAUGAAAGAAAUGAUAAGAAUGAUAAAAAUGAUAGAAAUGAUAGAAAUGACAGAAAUGAUAGAUAUGAUAGGAAUGAGAAAAACAAUAGUUUUAAUAGAGAUAAAUAUAGAAAUAGAUUUAAUGAUAAAGAUAGAAAUAAUAAAGAUAGAGAUCAAAAAGGAGAUGAAAGAAGUAAAUUAUUUAACAAGACUAUAAGAUUAAAGAAAUUAUCCAUAUCAUUCUAAAUGGGCUCAUGAUUGGUUUGAAAAAGAUAAAGAUUAAAGUCCUAAUAAUAAUAAUGUAUAAUUUAUAUUAACUACUUUUUAGCAAGUUAAACCAAGAGGAUCCCCAAUAUACAAAUGAA